AUGUGGCAAUAUAGAUCGUCCGGAUGUGAAGGCUUCUUCCCACUUCAUUUGGCCAUUCCUGGUCAUCAUCUUGAGAUUGUCAAGUUACUUUUCAGCCAUGGCGGAAGCCCUGAUUCAUUCUACAAUCAUCCUGAAUUCAGCGAUAGUAUCACCCUAAAACUUCUGACAGAGAAGGAUCAGCCUGAGAUUAUAGAGUUCCUCGUGACGCACAAUGUAAUGCGGUACAAAAAGCCCCCUAGGCACUCGCGUCCUGCUCUAGAGUCUGCCAUUGAUUGUGAACGACAACAUAUGUUAAGGAUUCUUGUUCGAGGAGGAUAUGUUCAGUGCCUAGAAGGCCAGGGUAUUUUGCUCUUAGGCCUUGUGAGAUCUAUAAACAGCGGGUUUGUAGAAGGUGUAGUGGUGUUGUUGGAGCAUGGGCCACCUUUGGAGGCCGGGGUGGAUGGUCGGACGGUACGGCAGGUCGCAUCUGAGGCCGGGACGGCACUACAGCUUGCAGCUGGAGUCGGUAGCAAGUCAACUGUGAAGCUGCUACUACAGGCCGGUGCAGAUGUCAAUGCUGACCCGCCCGGCAGUAAUGGCAGGACGGCUCUGCAGGCGGCAUGCGAGAGCAACAACGAGUCGGUUGUAAAUAUGCUACUCGAGUUCGGUCCUGAUGUCAAUACCAAACCUUCCUACAGGAAUAAAAGAACGGAGCUGCAAUUCGCAGCUGCAAUCGAUAACUUCACGAUGGUGAAGCUGCUAGUACAGGCCGGUGCGGAUGUCAAUGCCGGCCUGUCCGUCCGUGAUGGCAGGACGACACUGCGAGCGACGUGGGUCAACAGGUGGGUUUUACCGACGCUAUUUCUGGCUGGUACGAAUGUCAAUGCUAGAGCCUUCCCGGAAUGCCCAGCGACGGCGCUGCAGCUCGCAGCCCUAAGCGGUAACGUGUCCAUGGUGGAGCUUCUACUGCGGGACGGUGCAGAUGUCAAUGCUGAGCCGUACUCAUUUGGCGGUAGGACAGCUCUGCAAGCUGCAUCCGAGAGCAACAACGAGUCGAUAGUGAAGCUGGUACUUGUGGCUGGUGCACAAGUGAAUGUCCAAGCAUGUCCCAUCAGAGGCAUGACAGCACGGGAAGUUUAA